GAGCUGGGCCGGCCCGGGGCCGCCCCGCCCCACCGCCGAGGUUUCGAUUCCCCAGGGGAGCCCCUCCCCGCGCUGGCGCAGCCCGAAGCUGUGGGCAUGAAUGGCGGGCGCAGCGGCGUUCAGCGGGACACCUGCGGGGCCGGGCCCCGCGGAUUCCGAGGACGCGUGCCGCUGGCGCUGUCCGGAGCACGGCGACCGCGUGGCCGAGCUCUUCUGUCGCCGCUGCCGCCGCUGCGUGUGCGCGCUUUGCCCACUGCUGGGCGUGCACCGCGGCCACCCGGUGGGCCUGGCGCUGGAGGAGGCGGCGCAAGUGCAGAAACUCACCCAAGAAUGUUUACAGCAGUUGGCCAUCAAGAAGCAGCAGCAAGCUGGCAACAUAACCCAGAUUGAAGACGCUGCGGAGAAGCUGAAGGCUCAUGCAGAGUCAAGUAAAACCUGGCUGACAGGAAAGUUCACUGAACUCAGGUUACUGCUUGAUGAAGAGGAAGCGCUGGCCAAGAAAUUCAUUGAUAAAAACACGCACCUCACCCUCCAGGUGUACAGGGAGCAGAUCGAGUCUUGUGGUGAGCAAAUCGACGUCAUCAAUGAUCUCUCCAGCAGGGUCUGGGGCAUCAGCCAGGAGCCCAACCCCGUCCAGCUGCUGCAGGAGUACACGGCCGCUGAGCAGCAGAUGCGGCGGCAGAUGAGCCUGGGGGAGCUGUGCCACCCCGUGCCCCUCUCCUUCGAGCCCGUCAAGAGCCUCUUUAAGGGCCUCGUGGAAGCCAUGCAGAGCACGUUACAGACACCGCUGGACGUUCGCCUUAAGGAAAACAUGAACUGCCAGCUCUUGGGUUCCUCCAGCGCCAAGCCGGGCUCCUUGUUGAAAACAAGCCCCUCACCAGAGCGAUCGCUCUUCUUAAAAUACGCGCGCACGCCCUCGCUGGAUCCGGACACGAUGCACGCGCGCCUGCGCCUCUCGGCCGACCGCCUGACGGUGCGCUGCGCCCUGCUCGGCUCCCUGGGGCGCGCGCCCGCGCUGCGCUUCGACGCGCUGUGGCAGGUGCUGGGCCGCGACUGCUUCGCCGCGGGCCGCCACUACUGGGAGGUGGACGUGCAGGAGGCGGGCGUCGGCUGGUGGGUGGGCGCGGCUGCGGCCGCCGCCCGCCUGGGCUGCAACCGCCAGUCGUGGUGCCUGAAGCGCUACGACCUGGAGUACUGGGCUUUCCACGACGGCCAGCGCAGCCGCCUGCGGCCCCGCGGCGACCCGGACCGGCUCGGCGUCUUCCUGGAUUACGAGGCCGGCGUGCUCGCCUUCUACGACGUGACUGGCGGCAUGAGCCACCUGCACACCUUCCGCGCCGCCUUCCAGGAGCCGCUCUACCCGGCCCUGCGGCUCUGGGAGGGGGCCAUCAGCAUCCCCCGGCUGCCCUAGCGGAGCCCAGAGAGACGGG